GUGUCUACAGAUCUUACAUUUUCCCGGCAGGGAAAACAUCAGUUGUCUACGGUUGUGUCUGGAGUCUUACAGGACGAGUCCGCGUUAAUAGCAAGGCCCGAUUUGUCUACUCAUCUUUACGCUCUCAAUGAGGUUAAAACAGAGCAACAACGGAAGUCGCAACCCAAAAGGGAGGUGCACUGUCGCUUUAAAUGGGCUCGGUGUGAAAAGUUCAAGCAAGCGGUCGCAGAGGAGGAAGGCCUUACGACGCUUGGCUGGAAGAUUAGGAGCUGAAAUUUCACGCGAAAAAGCACACCAGAUGGCUGGCGAUAACGAGGAGGGGAAGCGUUUGCCGAAGAGACCGUUUCACGUUGAAGGAGAGGAAUAUUCAGGCACAUGCAUAAAUGGAACUGCGCAAAGGAAGAGUGAAAGAAAGACUUGUGACAUAGGCAGUGGAAAGGAGCGGAGGGGUAAGGAAAACAGUGUAGUGAAAACGACGGUGCUGACACACUGUCAAGCGAACGGCACAGCAGAGAAGAUGGAGGACCGAGGUAUUCAAGAAUCUGAUGGGCGCCAGGAUCCCAGUAUUUUCUUCGAUGAGGACAGCAACCACAUUUUCCCAGUCGGACAGUUUUUCGGCAACUUGGAUCUAGUUCAGGAUUAUCCUCGUAGAACCUCCAUCACAGAUCCGAAGACCAGGCGAGAACACAGGAGUCUGCAUUUCUAUGCCAAAGAGGAAAGCGACGAAGAGGUUUGAGAACCUUGGAACACGGACUGAGAAGUUCAGUGUCAAUCAGUGACAGCUGACCGGGCCUUUGACUCCCCUAUCAUAUUGUAUUUUGGCUUUUUCCUUGAAGAUUUUGGAGAUGUGAAGCUGUCAGUUAAUUUCAGGGAAUGAGUUUUAUAUAGCGUGCCAUAAUCACAAUCAUUAUCCAGAAUGUUUAAUACCAAAUUUCUUCAUUCAGUGAAUGUUUCAUAUUUUUCAGUUAAGAGUCAGUAGAUGCCUUCAUAAAGAGCAAAUGACUCCUCUCAUUAGUGCAGCUUUCUCCUUCUCCUUAAGGCUGAGUGCCAAGCACCCGUGCCUUUGUACAAUAUGUAUGAAAAGAAAAACAUAAGAGGGUUUGUUGUAUAGACAAAAGCAAUUAAUGUUAUGUGUGUAAUUUAAGCUAUUUGAUUUAUGUGCUGUGUCAUGCAGCCGGCAUGAGGAUGCAUGCCGUCAUAUGAUAUGCCCAUGACUAGUAACCAGUUCCUUGUUCAUACAAAUGUGAUUUUAUGUGAAGAGGAAAAAUGACCUGAGCAGUUUAAACAGUGCAAUUUUUUUUGUUUAAAAUGUGGUCUUGUGAAAACGUUUUGUUUGUUGGUUACUAUGCACUUCAUCUGUGUGGUCAGCUAUGCAUUACUUGGCUGUGUGUAGGCAGAAAGUAACAUUUUUACGGUUUUGUCAGCCCAGUGCCUCCUGGAAAACUUUGCUCUGUUUAAACUGCAAUGAAAAUUAUGCCCGAAGUCUCAAAAAAUUACUGUUAGUGUAAAUCCAAAUUUUGUUUGUGAGUUUAGUGGCAUAAAAAUCAUACAGUUUAUUCUUAUGAUUGGAGAGAAAAAACAAACUAUUUUCAUAAUGUCAUUUAAUGACCAAGAUGGUUAGCUUUGUAGUUCAGAUUUAAUCUGAUGGUAUGUAUAUUAGCAGUUGCUGUCCACUUGUGAUGUUUUGCUGUAUUGAGAUUCUUUAAAGCAAUUACAUUUGUAUAAAUUUGUGUAAAAGAAAAAGACAAACAGAAUUUGCACUAAUUUUACUAGUUACGCAAAGAUUGAACAUUUUUAACAUGUAUUUUAUACUCAUUGAUGUAUAUAUUGUUGUGAAAAGAUAGAAAAAGUCAUAGAUGUACUGCCAUGAAUAUCUUUAUAUUUUUCUAUCAUAAUGACAAAUCUUUAAGUGCUGAUUUUUUGCUAGCAGAUGCCUUGUUUGUAUUUGAUUUAUAAAAUUCAGUCCAAUUAUUUAAACGUUAAAUCUGCAACGCAUAUCAAUGUUGUUACAUGUUCAUACUCCGCCAAGCUACAGUACUCCGUCCAGA